AGCUGAGCCUCCGAGGCGGCCAUGAGGUGAAGCGGCCAUGAGGUGAAGUUGCUUGAGGGGAAGCGGCCAUGAGAGGCAGCCAUGAGGUGAGGAGGCCCGGAAGUGAGGUGGCCGUGAGGCGAGGCGGCUAUGAUGUGAGGAGGCCAUGAAGCUAAGCUGCCCCAGAUGGCGGUGGGGUGUGAGUUGGGGGCAGGGUCUCUCAAAGGGCUGAAGGUCAAAGGGCUGAAGGGCUCCGCAUGGCUGUUCUGCCCCUUCACAGCCUGAGUGCUGCCAUGUCAGGUGGCUUUGGCCGUCGCAGAAGGGCCCACUGUGGUGGGGGGUAGCACUGCCACACAGCAGGGAGCAGAACACGAGGUUUACGUGAGGUGACACCGCAGCCAGCCCUGCUGCGACGACGCCAGCAGAGUUUGGGCCAAGUUCUGGCUUUGGGUUUAGCUUGGGGUCCCGGUUUGAGCUGGGCCCACCCUCUGAGAUGGCCGGCAUUGCCGCUUUAAGACGAGGGGCGCGGAAGGCGCGCUCUGUACGGCGCAUGCGCACAGCGCUCGGCGGCGCAGGUGAGAGGUCGCCAAGAUGGCGGCGGUGGCGGUGAGGCGGGCGCUGAGGGCAGCGCGGCUUCCGCCGGUUCCGCGCCGCGGCCUGGCCAAGCCCGCCGGGCCACCGAGCGCCAGGCAGCUGCGGGAAGCCGAUGAGGCCGCCCCGAUCUUCCAGUAUGUGGGGAAGGCGGCUAAACGGAAGGAUCGAGUUUUCGUGUGGGGUUUCUCGUACUCGGGCGCUCUGGGCGUGCCCAGCUUCGUGAAGCCGGACGCGGGCUGGAAGAAGCCGCGGCGGAUCCAAGCGACGCCUUACCGACUGGAAACGGAGGAGAAGAUAACCUCUGCUGCCUGUGGUUAUGGAUUCACAUUGCUGUCUUCUGACACCACCGACAUCACCAAAGUGUGGGGCACGGGCCUGAACAAGGACUCCCAGCUUGGAUUUCAGAGAAGCAUAAGAGACAGAACUAAAGGCUAUGAAUAUGUCUUAGAACCAUCUCCAAUUCCAUUACCAUUGGAGGAGCCACAGAAGACUCGAGUCUUGCAGGUGUCCUGUGGCAGAGCUCAUUCCCUGAUCCUGACAGAUAGUGAAGGAGUCUUCACCAUGGGAAAUAAUUCUUAUGGACAGUGUGGUCGGAAAGUUGUUGAAGAUGAAGUUUACAGUGAAAGCCAUUUAAUUCAUCAACUGAAUGAUUUUGACAGCAGAGUUGUCCAGGUUGUGUGUGGGCAGGACCACAGUCUGUUUAGAACCAAGAAAGGUGCUGUCUUUGCGUGUGGUUGGGGAGCUGAUGGACAAACAGGUCUUGGACACUACAACAUCACUAGUGUUCCAACUAAGCUAGGUGGUGACAUUGCUGGAGUAAACAUUAUCCAAGUCUCUUCCUAUGGGGACUGUUGUCUGGCUGUUUCAGAUGAGGGAGACCUGUUUGGUUGGGGAAAUUCAGAAUACUUGCAGUUGGCAUCUGUCACAGAAACCACACAGGUAAAUGUUCCCAGACACUUGCCAUUCAAGAUUGGGAAGAUAAAGGAGGCUGCAUGUGGAGGUACUGGCAAUAUUGUGCUAACUGAAGAAGGAAGUGUUUUUGUCUGGGGAUACGGAAUUCUUGGGAAAGGACCAAACCUAACUGAAACAGCAGUGCCAGAGAUGAUCCCCCCCAGCCUUUUUGGCUGGUCAGACUUCAGUCCAGAUGUCCGUGUUGCUCGUGUUCGCUGUGGGCUCAGCCACUUUGCAGCACUUACAAACAGAGGAGAACUCUUUGUAUGGGGCAAGAAUCUAAGAGGAUGCCUGGGAAUUGGAAGAAUGGAAGACCAGUAUUUCCCAUGGAGGGUAACUAUACCCGGUGAAGUGGUGGAUGUUGCAUGUGGAGUUGAUCAUAUGGUAAGCAUGGUCAAAUCUUUCAUGUAAUAUUGCUGAGGCUUGGCACUGUGCUUUGAAGAUGAGGAUCGUGGCGAAGAGCUGCUUGGAAAGGAAGGCUCACUCCAGGGAGCCAGGCAAGAAGUGACUGUGAGCAGAGACAGCCAUAACAGUGCCUGGGUGUGCUGUCAUCUCUGCAUUGUGGAAACUCUCCAGCCUGGCUGCAGGAAGGAAUUUCAUUCCCCAAAGAGAGUGGAAAUGCAGGGAGUGCUCUGGCAGCUUGGUGGCAGGCUCCCAAAGAGUCUGACACCCAGCCCACAGCUGGUGAGUCCCACUGGGCGUAAGGAUGAAGAGCAUCUAUCUCCCUCAGGGAAGACUGGCAGGAGAUGAAAUCUGUAGCUCGGGACAUUCAUUUAUGGAUGCUUUCUCUGACACUUCAGUGUUGGACUGAGCCAAGCUAUUACUCAAGAGAAAACUUUUGUUACUAUGUUUUUAUGUGGAAGAAAACUCAUUCUGGCUGUUGGAGUCCAGCACAGCUGUCCCCUGCAUCCACCACCAGCUGUGGACUCUGAAAACUGUGCAUCCAAGGAACAUAUUCAUUAAACUGGCAGAGUGAGAACUUGUCUGCAGGGGGAAAGUACUGCUAAAUAAGACAAUGUGGAAAGAUAAAUCAUAUGCUGCCUACAUUACCACUGCUAUGGAAGCACAGAUUGAUGGACAGUGGAAGUAGGCUGCAAACAAAACUUCCUUCUAACUACAUACAGUGGCAGUGAGCAGCACUUAAUGUUUGUCAGUACUUUGUCUUCAUACUGCUGCCUUUGACUUUUAGAUGUUCUAGCAAUCGUUCUUGUCUGUGGGGCUAUGAUUGUUCUCACUUGCAAAGAGCCUUCUUGAAUUAGCCUGGCAGUUCUGCAGUGCAUGUCAGAGGAGGGAGUCUUGAGCAAGAAGCAGAGUUACUGCAAAGCCUUUGUUUCUUGGUACCUUCUCAGCAGAGAAGUUUUUGUAGUAAGCACAUGAGAUCCAGUAGGGAUGCAGAACUCAUAGGCACUGAAUUGGAAAACUGCUGUGAAAUACUUCAAACCUCAGGUAAAGCUGUCGUAUGUCUCUAGGAGAUACCUCUACUUUGUAAACUAUUUUUUUCAAAAUUCAAGCAAAUGUUUUUAAUAAAGCAAUUAUAAAGUCUUUGUGUUGGUAGCAAUGGAAGUUUUCUUGAGCUUGACUUCCCACGAGAACUGCUCUGUCCUGCAACUCUUCAUUUAAACUUAAGCUUUGUGGAGCACAGGGCUGUGGCAAGAAACAUCUGUCAGCUGAGGCACCUCUGCACUGGCAUGAAAGCAGAAAGUGACUGUUCAAUUGUGAAGGACCUUUACAGCUGUGAAUUCUUGUUAAGUUGGCUUUAAUUUAAACCUUCUACAUUGGGCUUGAGCUGCCCAAGCAUAUCUUGUUGACCUCAUGGGAGUAGCUAUGCCCUUUUAUCACGUGGAAGUGUAUUAAAGCACUGAAAAUAAAUGCAAAACCUACUGCCAGAAGGGUGUUUGUAACAACCUCCUUUGUGCCUGUUGCUGUUAAAUGAGAUUACAGGAUUCCUGGUUGGUGAAUGGGAUCAGUGCUGGCUGUUAGCUGCUCUUUCACAAGUGUUUCCUGGUGCCCUUUGGGGUUGGGCCUUUUGGAGAACUGGAAUGAGAACUGAUUCCAAGUCAUACCUGGCUGUGUUUCAGUCUUGCUGUGCAAUAAAUCGUAAAGUCUGUAUGUUAAUUAAAUGCCAGCAAGGUCUUUAACCUGAAAUUGAAGUGUUAUACAGUAGUGGGAGUGUUUGCACUUUCAUUACAGUGGCUGUGGAUGCUUUCUGCCAUGCUGUGAUGGUAGUGGCCAUGGGAUUAGUGGUGGAUCCUGAGAUCUGACAAAUGCUACUGUCCUUUGUUUUGGUUAUGGUGGGCACUGCUGCUGUGACUACAUCCAGACAAUCAGGCUAGAACUUGUCCAGUGCUGUUAGAAUGAAUGUGACACCUGCCACUUCAUUAUUUACAUCAUGCAAGUUAUUCACUUGCUUGGAAGAUCAAAGAUGAGCUGGGAGUUCCAGGACCAACACCAGUUGCCACUGUAUUUGCUAUUUAUUGAAAUUGCUAUGGAGGUGACUGAUGAUUUUUCUGGGGAACUGCACAGUGGCCAGCCCUGAUGUGAAGUGCAGUGUCUGCAGUUGGUGCAAGGUAAACACCUAUGACAUUCACAGGAAGGCUUCUGCUCUACAAAGUGCUUACAGCUACAGAUUCACCACUCUCAAAGGUGAGAAGCCAGCAGCAGCAUGGAGCUGGGCAGCAACGUGCUGGAAGGUGGUGUUCAGCACUUUGUCCUUCAAAGAGAGCCCUGGAGGUCCUUGCAGUGAGGUGGGUGCAGGCUGGGUCCUCACGUGGGAGCAGCUCCAAUUAACACCAACAAAACCUUCUUGAUUUUGCAUUGAUUAGCAAGAGUAAUUUGCCCUCCAAAACCCCACUGUGUUGUCAGUUGGGGCUUAAAAUAGCCCACAGGCACUGCGGGACAAGGCCUGGAGCAGAGCUAUGCCCGUGCAGCUGGGCCAGGGUGCCUCAGAGCCCCCCAAAACAGUGAUAUUUUGGGCACCUGCAAACUCUUUUCUCUCCAGGAGCCUUCAAAAACAAAUGACUCAGAGGACAAAUAAUCAGAGCUUUCAGAAGACUGCUGGGAUAACAUUACUCAUGACUCCAGUUCUUGCCUUUUCAAAAGGGUUGGAGCCCCCUCCCCCCCCCCAGCACCUCCUGCAACGUUUGUGCCUUUGGGUGAAGGACAAAAACCACUGAUGUGGGGCAAUGUGGGGCAGGGAGCACCUGGGUGAA